CCCUAGUCCGGCUCCCCACCCUGAAGACAAGCAAGAGCCUUAAAAUACAUUACUGGAGGCCUAUGCCGAGGCGCUUCCACACAGAGCAGGACGGAGGACCGGGCUCUAUCUGCCAGCGGAAUACAUGAUUGUGUGAUUAUAUGAAAAGUUAACUUGGCUCCCGUGCGGAGCGCGUGGGGGGACAUCGUAGAGCACGGGCUCCUCAGCGAUGGGCUCGUUAUAGAGCGCCUGCCAGAUGCGUGUCGAACGGUGCCGAGCGGUGUGAACAUGUUACUGUUAAACAUGUUGUUGUGAGUGUGACAUGUCCCGCUUCAGCGCUACGAUACAGUGAAGGAAGGAGGAACACUAGCCACUAUUAAAACAGCGGGCAGGCCAGUGAUGGAAGAGAAAGAGACGGGGGAGAGCGAGCCUGUGGACCUCCGGUGUGCCGAGCAGGCUGAGCUGCUCUCAUUAAUAAUAAGCGGAGAGGAGGAAGCGACGCAAGAGGAGAGUGACUUGGGAGAAGAGGAUGGUCUUGCCAAUGGCCAUGGUGAGGAGGAAUCAGAGGCUGGCAUGGUCACACCUGUCAGGUCUCCAGGCACCAGCUACUGGAAUAUCACAGAGGGACCAGACCAGCCACUGCUCCUCUCCCCAGCCCCUGGGCCCUCUGGAUCUAAACCCAGGGUCCAGAGGGCCUCACGUCCCGGCCUGAGCCGGAUCCCAGGCCGCGACCACCGCCGCUACUACCACGAGUACUGGCGCAGUGAGUACCUGAUGGACUUUGACCCCCAGCGGCAUGGGAUGAUCUGCAUGGUGUGCGGCAGCUCACUGGCUACUCUAAAGCUCAGCACCAUCAAGAGGCACAUCCGACAAAAGCACCCUGACUCCCUCCUGUGGAGCGCUGCCGACAAAGAGGUCAUCCGCUCAGGGUGGGAGAGCCACCUGAGCCUGGGGGGAGGUCAGAGGUCAUUCAGCUCUGCUGCUGGACCUUCAGCUCAGGAAGAAGAGGAGCAGCUGGACUCAGACCAACAUGCUGCUGAACCCCCAGAGCCUGUGAUGCCCCAGGAGCAGCCACAACAACCCCCCAGUCUGUCUCCCCACUCUGAGGAGGGUGAAGCCCCCCAGCCCCAGGUGGAGGAGCAGGACCUCCCCGGGCCGUCAGCCCGCACCCUGGAACGCUACCUGAAUGACUCGCUGCACGCCUGGUUCCGCCAGGAGUUCCUGAUGGAGUAUGAGGCGGAGGCCGGCCGGCUGCUGUGCAUGGUGUGUGGAGGAGAACUGCCCUCACUCCAUCUGGACCACAUCAAGAGCCACGUGCUGGACACCCACCCCAACUCCUUGGUCUACAGCUCCGAGGAGAAGCACUGCAUCCUGCAGGCCUGGGCUCAGACUCAUGAAGAGUCAGAAAACUCAAUCAAAUCAGAGCCCAACACCAAAGAUGGCGGGGUGGACCUCUAUGCUCAGGAAGUGGAGGCCAUCCAGAUCAACACUGACUUGUACCCAGAAGGCGAUGGCACUUUAACUCAGGACACUUGUCUUAUUGGUGAGGAUGGAGGCGUCGGAGCUCCACAGCAGGGACCCCAGCCCCUCCGCCAGCCCAGGAAGAGGCGGCUGCGUGGGGGUGACCCAUGGCGGCUCCGCCUCGACUACCUGGUGGCCUACGGACCUCAGGGUCGGGGCACGUUCUGCAUGGUGUGUUCUCAGGUCCUGCACGAAACCAAGGUCAGCAGCUUCCGCCGCCACAUCCAGGAAUGUCAUCCCGAGACGACAACCCUGAGCCGACAAGAAAGGGAAGCCAUGGCUGCUGCCUGGACCAAAGAUUAUUCUAGUGAAGGCAUGCAAAUACAAGAUGCAGAAAUCAACGCGAGAGAAACUGAUGUCCUAAAUACCACAAGAGAGACGAAUGAGGACACCUCCCCUGAUGUCAGAGCACACAGCAAAAUGGUGAAGAAAGAGGAGGGAGGCAUGAGUGGAGGGAAGGGUAAAGCGAGGGACGACGGUGCUGCAGCCACGCCCUCUCGUCACGGCCAUUACCCUGGGAAAGACCAGAGGAGGAACUACCAGGUGCGCUGGCGGAUGGAUUACCUGAUGGAUUACGACUGUCGCAGACACGGGCUCAUCUGCAUGGUGUGUGGAGCCACUCUGGCCACUCUGAAGGUCAGCACCAUCAAGAGGCACAUCACGCAGGUACACCCCCACUCUCUGUACUACAGCUCGGAGCAGAAGCAGCAGACCCUGCUGAGCUACAACCAGACGGCCCUGCACUUCAUCCACUCUGACGACUGCUUCUCCUCCCAGGACCACGGACAUACCGAGCUGGCUCCUGCUCCAGCACACAUUGGCACUUAGAAAGAGCUUCCGUCCGUAGUUCCUCCCGUGGCCCCUGUUCAGAACAUUUCACCCUCUUUCUUAAAGGGGAGUUCAGCAUUUGUCAAACAGGGUCUUAUUCUCUAAUGCCUGCCCACUGUCUCCUCUGACUUUGUUCCAAAUUUACCAAAUCUCUACAGUGCAGGUGCAGAGUAAAUUGUUUACAUGACCACUUGUCAUAAUGGACAAAAGUCUGAGAAUAAAGGGCGUCCCACACCAAGAACAAUAACGGAAAUGAUGUGAGCAUCCACACUGAUGAACAGUUGUGCAGGAAAACCUUGUGCAGAGAAGCAUUUGCUUGAGGUGAUGCUAGAUAGCUUACCAGCUAGUGUUAGCUUUAAUAAUCAUCUCCUCAUCAUCUCCGUUUAUAACUAUAACAAACCAGGUUGGGCCUGAUUGCAUCCCAGAUGUCCUUCUUCUUUAUUGUGCCCUCAUAACUAGGUUUGUUUUAUUAAUUAGUCUCUGAGCAGUGUCAUCAGUCAUGUUGAACUGCUGCUGUUAAUUGGAUGGAUUCUGAUUGUCUGUCAGUGUUUCGAUCAUUCAUCAAAUUGCCCUGAAAGUGAUUCCACAAUAUCUAAAUAUAUUAAAUAACAAAAUAUAUGGCACUUGAACUCCUUACUUCCGUUGACCGAGAAAGGGCUAGAACCCAGGAUUGCCAAUUGUGGCUAUACUUCUGGUUACUGUUGUAGUCAUCGUUCUUGGUGUGGAUAGCCCUGAAGACCCAGGUUGACAAAUCUCGAAAUUCCCCUUUAUAUCUGAAUCUGAGAGUAUGCUGUGGCUUGCAGCAUCUGCCACAAAGGAAAUGUCAAAACCUGAAAAUGUCGCCACCUACAAAUGUCAUGGCCUAAAGAAAUGCAAGUCCAGCCAGACUCAUUUGAAGUUACAGCCUCAUCUGCACAGCAUCAGUGUUACUUGAGGACCUCGUGAGAUUUAGAAAAUGAGUCAUAAUAAUAAUAAUAAAACAAUAUUUAAAUUAGUGACAAUAAAACAUUCCUGACUGGAGAUAAUUAACCCUUAAGUGCUGUUCAGAGGAAGAAAACAGCCUUGCUUAUUGACAGAGGGCUACAUCUAUCAGACAGCCUGUGUGUUUGGUGAAAUGAGGUCAGUCAUUUGCACUAUAAAUUGCAUUAGACAGAUUACAGACAGCAGAUUGGCAUUUGAUUAUGAAAACAGUUGACAUCUGCAAUUAUUACAAAUCACAUGAGAUCCCUAGGUAAAGGGCACAUCAGACCAGCAUUUGUGAUGGUAAGAUUUCGGAGCUAUUGGUUGACUAGCACUAGCAUGUUCACAGUUAACUCACCAGGUACAGUAGCUCUGCUGUGGUCACCAAUCAAUCGUUCCAUAAGUAAAUGUGCAGGGUGCUUUUUGUGUAGAGUUAAACUGUGGUGAACUUUAACAUUUAAAUUUGCACCAUGGACCAAUAGCAAAGAGAAUUUUGUUUUCACACUUUCUGGUCUGACCAGCCACUAAUACAUAAACAGGGCUGUAGUAGGGAUGCACCGGUUCUGAAAUUCAAAUGUUAAAUAACAAUUUAGCUGAAAGCCAAUACUGAUUUUUUUUUUUUUUAUUGUUGUUGUUGUUUAUUUUAUUUUUGUUGUUAUUUAUUCUACCUUUGGUGACCGUGAAACAAAGAAAUCUUAGUUAUAAAAUAAUUACUGAACAGUUUUAAAGAAAUUCAGUCCUUCAUUAUACUACCUUUGGAUGAGCACAAAUUCAUUCAAACACAUUUAUGAAACCACCUUUAAUAUAACCUCAUUUCACAUGAAAAACAUCUUUAAAAAAUGCUUCAAAAGUCUUUUUACUAUAUGUAAUACAUCAUAAUUCUCUCUCUAAUAUCUAUUUUAUAUUGAAGACCGACAAAUUUCCCCCUCAGUUGAAUUUAUUCAAGUUUCUCAAAAAAAAAAACACAUUUUCCAAGAUUACAUCUGAGCUCAUCAUGAGAACAUUAUAAUUUACCUUCUUUUCUUCUUUUUACUGAAUAGAGCUUGAACGCAUCAUUAUGUAACUCAGUGCCAUCGCAUUUAGCUGUUAGUUCUGGCCACCAGCUGCUAACAGCUAACAGCUAACAUUAGCUAGCUCUCCUUCUGCUGAUGUCAACAUGGAUCAACUGUACACAAUGUAGUAAUGUCAGGGAAACAAUAGGGUGCAUCCCCUGAUGCUUUGAUAGUAAGUUUACUGCGUCCUUUCGUCCCAGUGACAUCCCAGGGAAGAUCUCUGUUCGUCCCAACUAUAUUUUCUAUUGUUUCUGGGACAACGGGACGCCAUGAGUCGGGAGCCCUGCUUUUUAGCCUGAACAAAAUUGAUGUGACACAGCAGAAAAACAUCAGGCACUGCCAUCGGUGAAUGUCAUCUUAUUUACAGAGAGACCGAUGACAACAAGGCAAAUAACAGAUGAUACAGAUUUUCGGCUAAUAAAUCGGUGCAUCCCUACGCUUUUUUUAAAAACUCCUGCUUGAGUGUCUGGCAUAUUUGUAGUCAUGGCAUGUGCUAACUAUUACCUUUCAGGUCCAGAAGAGGGGGCCCAGGAGGGGGCUCAGGGCUUGUUUCUGGUUGGGGCCCGAGUCUUACGCUCUCAGGAAGUUAAAAAAAGAGGCUAUAUCCACACUAAUAUGUUUUUUGCUAAUUGUGCUAUGUUUAUGCCUAGCGUCCACACAACUCCAAUAUAUUCAACCAUUUAAACAGAGACUUUGAAAAACACAGCUGACCCUGUUGUAGUUUGGAAACUGGGGUUGAGUUUCACUCUGCAUGGGUGGAAAUGGAGACCUCUGAAAUCAAUGACACAGACACCCUCGUUUGCUUCCUGAUUUGGUCUAAUCAGUCACGACAUGUACUUCCCUGAUUCAUCACACCCAUAUUACAUGACCCUUUUUCGACAUGAAUAGAAAAUUACAGGCAUUUGUUCCGUUCAGGUAAAGUUCCUCCUCUUUUUCGGUCCAUGCAAAGAAAUCUCCGGUCUUACUUUUUGCAAUUUCCGUAGUGUUUUCUGUAACAAAACCACCAACCAGAGUAGACAAUCUGCUUCCUGUUUACAUCGGCGCACACAUGCCCAGUGUACGUGAAUGGUCAUGUGAUUUAUGUUUUCAGGCGUGUGAGUAUGGAUUGACAUUUUUUUCCUAAAACACUCGUUUUCAAAUGAAAACGUGUUAGUGUGGAUGCAGCCAGUUCUCGGUGAGGCCGAGAUGAAUUAGAUUUAUGAUAACGUGUCUGAAGACAACACAGCACUUUGUCCCCAAAAAUGUACUUAACCCCAGCUUUCUUCUGUACAGCCAAUUGAAUGAGACUGUGUUUGAUGUUAUUGCUGAAGACAAUGAAUGCCAGCGUGCAGUCAGUGAGUUCAAAUUUCUCUAGUCUAUUUAAUUCCUUGUUUACAGUGGAGGAGAAGGAUGUCCUCCUGUCUCUCAUCCAUUAUAAUGAGAUAUGUUAUCUCUCUGUCAGUCUGCAUUAGUGCUCCACCGGCCUGCAUCCUUCUCAUCAGUUACAACUCAUCUUAGCUAAAACUGCACAAAAAAGAGUAUGUAAAUAUAUGAAAAAAAUAGAAUUAUUUUUCCUUUAUACAAGCACUUUUAUGCACCCUGGUUUCUACAAAGCGUGUUUGUAAUUAUGUCCGGUUUUUCUACUUCAUUCAAGAUUUCAAAAAGGACAUUGAUCGUUGGACUUCUGCUUUGAAGAGUUUGUUCCGGCUUUGCUUCAUUUUUUUCAUUCACUGUACAAAGUGUAUGCAACAGGAGAAUAACUUAGAGCUGUCAGAGGAAGAAAAGUCUGCCAUAAAAGGUCACGUCUUCACCUGAAAAAUGUAACUCAGGGAUUCUGUUUUCAUCAACAACCAUUUCAAUCAGUAAUCUCUUAGGAGGCUGUUCACAAGAUACUGGAUACAUGUGUCAGCUUAGGUUGUAUAGGUGAUGUUAUAAAUGCAACAGUAACAGAGUGUGAUGGCUACUGUUUAAACAACAAGAAACAAACUGAGAUGUCAUUAUAUUUGAAGAAAAAAAUUUAUGAUUGAAUAAAGUCAGAAUUUUGGGGGAAAAAAUAAAGAUGAGAAAAAAGUUGAAUUUUGAGUUUCAUACAAGAGAAAAUACGUUAAGUUUGAAGAAUAAAUUCAUUAAGUUGGAUUUUUGAGGAAAAAAGUAAUAUUGUGAUAAAAUAAAAUGUCAGAAUGUAAGAGUAAAGAUGGCAUUUUAAAGGUUCAGGGUGUAGGAUUUAGGGGCAUAUAUUGGCAGAAAUUAAAUAUAAUAUUAAUAACUAUGUCUUAAGUAUAUAAUUACCUGAAAUUAAGAUUUGUUUCUACAGUAGCCCAGAACAGACAAGCCAAACGCUGGCUCUAGAUAGGGCCAUCUGCAUUUUCAUGUCAGCUACCAUAGUUCCCCUACGUGCUUUGCUCUCUGGAGAAGUUUCAGUUGGUUGCAAUCUGCAGCCUCACCAUUAGAUGUCACUUAAGCCCUACACACUAGACCUUUAAGACUUAUGUCAUAAUGCUACACAAAAUAGUCAUAAUAUAUUGAUGGAAAAGUUGCAAUGUUUGGAGAAUAAAGUCAUAAUAGUACAAUGAAAGGGCUGUAAUAUCAUAAAAAGACGUCCUAGUCUUUCAGGACAAAAGUUGUAAACUUUGAGAAUAAAGUAAGACUUUAAUAUAGAGUUGAAAUUUUAAGAAGUAUGUGUUGGAAGGUCAAGAAAACAAAAACAUGCACUAUUGUGAUGUUAUCUACAGAAUCUCAGUUUUCCCUUACAGUACCCUGAUGACUCUGUUGUACAUUGACAGAAUUUACUCAGUUGAAGCUUCUGAUAGAAAAUGUGACAGUAAAGGACUCUACACUGCUCCCCUGCUCCUCUCUGACAGCAGAGACACAGUGUCAUAUUUCCAUUUCAUCGGUCCCCUUUGGCUAAGAACAGGCCCCCACAUCACCCUAGAAGAGUUCUGAUAUAGCACUUAAUUAUUUAAAAUGAAGUAAGUUACAGUGAAAUGAAUGAUACAACAUGUGAUGCAUUUGCUUAUGUGUGUGUGUAUGUUUAUACCAUGUAUGUGUAUGAUGUUGUGGAGAGAGAUCCUCUUUGGCUCCUCAUUUUUCUUCAUUCUCACCUCGUCCACUUACCUUUCAUUUGUACAUGGCCAACAUGUGAGAUAUGCAUUCUCCUCUCCAUGAUCUUUGAAUAAAUACUCAACACCGCAA